UUACAAUAUUUUCUUUUUCCCACGCACUCGUGUCGGGCGUCAGUUAUAGUCAUAGAUAGGUAUACUUUUUGACGAAUAUUUAACUAAUUAAUUAUAUUUUUCCUUAAGAAAGAUGAAGAAAAUUAUAUUUUUGUGCCUCCUAUCGCUCUCCGUUUGUCUCAGCAAACCAGCUGUAGAACAAGCAGCAACUCAACCUACUGCAGUGACCAACUCAUCUGUAGAUCCUAAAACUCAAAAAACUGAUCUGACUCCGCCUGCUCAUAUCACAGAAUCUCAAACACCUCCAAAAUCUACUGCAUCAACUGAACAAAAAACACCACAAAAUGUACCUGAGACCCCACUUAGCACAGUUCCACCAUUACCACCCAAGAACACAGACAAUGCUAAGCCUACCAACGACAACAAAACAACAGAUAAACAAUCUACAACAAAAGAAACUACCCAAACCUCGGCAGUGACUAAUGUUACCACAGAGAAAAUAAACAAUGAUGUAAAGCCUACUGAAAAAGCCAAGGAUGAGCCAUCAACAGAAAAAGUUAUACCUACCAAACCAACUGAAGUUCCUAAGACUACUGAAGCACCUAAGUCUGAUGCCGACAAGCACAUUCUUCAAGCGAGAGGGUUCGAUGGAGCAAGCUUCAUUGGCGGUAUAAUACUGACCUUGGGUCUUCUUGCUAUUGGAUUCAUGGGAUUCAAAUAUUACAAGAAUCAAACUGAAAGAAAUUACCACACUCUCUAAAUAUAAUAUUUGAUUAUAUUCUUAUCUAUGUGAGUGCACUCGGCUACAUUUUCCUUAUAUUGUAAAUGUUAUUUUUUACACAAGUCUUGAAGAGAUUCUUUUUGUUCUAUGUGCACGUAGCAUAUUAUGUUGUCUAAUCCGACAGGGUUUAAUAUGUAAAUUGGAGUAGCUAUUUCCUUAAAUAUGCCUAAAUUGGAGGGUGGCUGGUCUAGAAUUUUAUUUUCUCGAAUUUAUUAAAAGGAUAUCUUAUAUAACCAACAUUUUAGGUUAUAGUGAUAAGUUUUAUUUUUUAUUUUUGGCAUUUAUCUCAUUCAUUAUUUUAACUAUAAGCGAUAUUUGUGUAUAUAUGUGUAUCUUGAUGUUUUGCCACUAAAUAAUAUAUUUUAAUGUCAUGAAGCUUGAAAAUUGCUAAAUUAGAUAUUAAUAAAUAUAUUAUAAUACUAUAUUUGAAAUGUUUAUCACAUGUUUUUUAAAAUGAUAAAAGUUUAAAACUAUUUCAAAUGCAAUUUAGUAUUAGCAUUGAAUUUUGUUUUAUCUGUGCCAUUGUCUUUAAUAUUUUUUUGUAACCUAAAUUUUUUAAACCACUUCAAAAUAUGAUUCAUUUGUACACCAAAACUUUAGUUGUAAGCAAAUUAUAUAUUAAUAAGUAAAACUAUUGUGAUGAUAAAAGUAAGGGUCUGAAAUAAUACUUUGGUUUGGCACAAACAACAAAUCUCAAAAACAAAAAUGAAAACUAUAUAAACUAUCUUUAACUUUUUCUACUACUUUUUGAAUCUCAUUACACUGAAUCUGUAAAAGUGCUUGUGCCGAACCAAUUGUGCAUUUUAUUUUUCAUGGUUUUGUAAACUUGGGAAAGUUGAUUCCAUCCUAAAGUGCUCUUAAAUCUGAAUAUAUAUACAGAUUAUUCAGAAGUUAUGUCACUCUGUCACAGUCAAUAGUUGUGUUAAUAAAGUAUAUAUAAUUAAAAUG